GUGCUGCUGGCUUCCGCAAUGCUGGACAAGCUCACGCUGCUCGACUCGGUCGCGCUGCCCACCGCGGCGCUGCUCGGCGCAGUGCUGCUCGUCAUCGAUGUGCUGCUCGGUUCCGUGGCACACGUCAGACUGGUGCAUGUGCUGCUCGACUCGCUCGCGCUGGUCAAACUGGCGCUGCUAGAUUUUGCGGUGCUUGAGUCGGCCGCGCUCGUUAUCAGCGAUGCAGCGCUCGACUCAGCAGUGCUGCGCAACGUGGCGCUGGUUGAUUUUGACGCGGCGCCGAGCGUCGCGCUGCUUGAUUCCGCGGUGCUCGAGCAGGCCAUGCUGGACAGGGAGGUGAUGUACGAUCCUGCGGUGCUCGAAUUCGCGCUGGUCAGCGACGCGCUGCUCGACUCUGCGGCGCUUGAGACAGUCGUGCUGGUCAGCGAGGCACGGCUCGACUCCGUGGCGCACGACUCGGAGGUCCUGGGCAGCGACGCACUGCUCGACCCCGUGGCGCUCGACGCCGUCGCGCUGGUCAACGACGCGCUGCUUGACUCUGCGGCGCUUGACCUGGUCGCGCUGAAAAACGAGAUACUGCUCGACUCUGUGGCACUGGAGCCAGUCGCACUGGUCUCGGUCGUGCUGGUCAGCGGGGUGCUGCUCAACCCCAUGGUACUUGAGCCGAUCGCACUGGCCCUGGUCGCGCUGGUCAACGACGCACUGCUCAACUCUGUGGCGCUUGAGCCAGCCGCGCUGAUCAGCGAGGUGCUGCACGACACUGUGGUUCUGGAGCCAGUCGACUGGUCUCGGUCGCACUGGUCGGCGAAGUACUGCUCGACUCUGCGGUACUUGAGCCAGUUGCACUGGUCUCGGUCGCGCUUGUCGGUACUGCUCGACGACGCACUGUUCGACGCUGUGGCACUUGGGCCGGUCGUGCUGGUCAGCGAGGUACUGCUCGAACCUGAGGCGCACGAUCCUGCAGCGCUCGACUCGGUCGUGCUUGUCAGCGACGUGCUGCACGACUCUGUGAUACUUGAGCCAGUAGCGCUGGUCUCGGUCGUGCCUGUUAGCGCGGUGCUGCACGGCUCCAGGGUGCUCGAUCCCGCGGAGCUCGACUCGGUCGCGCUGGUCAGCGACAUCCCACGCACCGAUGUGCUGCUCGACUCUGUGGUACUUGAGCCGGUUGCACUCGUCAGGGAGGUGCUGCUCGACUCUGUGGUAAUUGAUCCUGACGUGCUGGUCUCGGUCGCGCUGGUCAGCGACGUGCUGCGCGACUCUGUGGUACUUGAGCUGGUCGCACUGGUUUCGGUCGUGCUGGCCAGCGCGGCGCUGCUCGACUCAGUGGUGUUCGAUCCCGUGGCGCUCGACACGGUCGUGCUGGUCAGCGACGUGUUGCUCAGCGUGGUGCUGCUUGAUUCUGUGGUACUUGAGCCCGUCGUACUGGUCAGCGAGGUGUUGCUCGACUCUGUGGUAAUUCAGCCUGUCGUGCUGGUCUCGGUCGUGCUUAUCAGCGACGUGCUGCUCGACUCUGUGGUACUAGAGCCCGUCAUACUGGUCUCGGUCGUGCGGGCCAGCGUGGUGCUGCUCGACUCCGUGGUGCUCAAUCCCGUAGUGCACGACUCAGUCGUGCUGACCAGCGACGUGCUGCUCGACGACGUACUGCUCGACUCUGUGGUGUUUGAGCUAGUGUUGCUUGUCAGCGAAGUGUUGCGCAAUUCUGUGCACUCGGAGAGGGAUGGAAGCCAUGGGCACGGCGGACGAGGAGUACGGCAGGAGAAACAGGCGAACAUGGCAGAGGCGGAACGCAGCCAACCGCUGCAGUAA